UCUUCGAAGAACACACGACAUGAGUCUCCAAACAAGCCCUUAGAUGGAGGAGAUGCGCAACGACACAGGGAAACAACCGGCGGCUAGUUCCGCCGCCGCCGGUGCGCCGACAAAGAUUCCCGAUGCGGCGCCGGCGGUGGAGCCACCGUCUUCGCGGCGGAGAGGCGGUGGCCAGAAGAGAAAAGGCAGCGGUGGUGGUGGCAACGCAUCGACCCCUUCGUCGUCGAAGCGCCAAGCUCGCGAGAAGCCCUCGGCGAUCUCUCAAACUCCGAUCCACAACGGUCCGUGCACCAGAGCUCGCCAGUCCCCGAGCACCACUGCCACGACGGCGUCUGGUCCGUCUGCGGCGGCAGUCGUGAAAAAGGAGGCGGAAGCGGAGGGAGUGGCGGCGGCGGAGGUGCCGCCGGGGUUUGGAGAAGAGGUGAAGGCGGCGGAGGAAACGAGUGUGAUGGAAGAGGAUUUGGAGGCGUUGGAGGCGAAGAUUGAAGCUGAAUAUCAAGUUAUUAGAUUACGCGAUGUAAUGCAUCAUGUGGUUUCAAUUCCUGCUAUUUUUGAUUUCUUGGAAUUUGCUUGUUGGUUUUCGUGGACAAAAGUUCAUCCCUUGGAGGAACGAACAUUGCCUUCGUUCUUCAAUGGCAAGUCGAAGAGUAGGACUCCUGAAAUAUACAUGGAGAUAAGGAACUGGAUUAUGCGAAAAUUUCAUGAAAACCCCAAUACACAGAUCGAAUUGAAAGUUUUGUCGGAGCUUUCGGUUGGGGAAUUGGAUGCCAGGCAAGAGGUGAUGGAGUUUUUGGACCAUUGGGGUUUAAUCAAUUACCACCCAUUUCCAGAGAGUGAUCCGGCCAUGGCGAACGCUAAUGGUGGAGAUGGGUUACCAAAGAUAAAUUCUUUGGUUGAAAAGCUGUAUCGGUUUGAAACAGAACAAUUGUGUGCUCCAGAGGUUUCUAGAACUAAUGUGAUAACACCAGCUGUGCCAUCUGGUUUGUUCCCGGAGUCUGCUGUUGCUGAAGAGUUGGUGAGGCAGGAAGGACCGUCUGUCGAAUACCAUUGCAAUUCUUGCUCAGCUGAUUGUUCUCGCACGCGCUACCAUUGUCAGAAGCAGGCAGAUUAUGAUUUAUGUACUGAAUGCUUCAAUAAUGGGAAGCUUGACUCUGGAUUGUCCCCGACGGAUUUCAUUCUCAUGGAGCCUGCUGAGGCUGCUGGUGUAAGUGGUGGGAAGUGGACAGAUCAGGAGACCCUUCUCCUCCUUGAAGCAUUGGAACUUUAUAAUGAGAACUGGAAUGAGAUUGCUGAGCAUGUUGCUACAAAAACAAAAGCUCAAUGUAUUUUGCAUUUUGUUCAAAUGCCAAUUGAGGAUACUUUUAUGGACUGUGAUGAUGAAAAGGAUGCUAGUGUCAAAGAAAAUGCAGAUACAGCUAUGGCUGAUAAUGAUUCUUCUACACCUAAAGAAACACCUGAAAUACCAGAGAGUAGGACUGGUACAGAUGAAAAUCAACCUCAGUCUUCCCCAAUGGAAAUUCCAAAGCCAGAAGAUGCCAGUGAACUGAAAGCUGUUCAGAAAGCUGAUGAAAACUUUGCACUGAAGGCACUGAAGGAAGCAUUUGAAGCUGUGGGUUCUUUUCCUAUGGCUGGAGGCCAGUUUUCGUUUGCUGAAGCUGGAAAUCCCGUCAUGGCAUUGGCAGCAUUCCUGGUAAGAGUGGUGGAACCCAAUAAGGCUACUGCCUUGGUCCGUAGUUCUUUAAAAUCCAUUUCAGGCAACUCUUCCAGCAUGCAGCUGGCUGCAAGGCACAGUUUUCUUCUGGAAGAUCCGCCAGGUGACAAGAAGAAAUCAGCUGAUUCUGAGAGAGCUGUUGCUGAAACAAUUGAGCGGGAUGCUCAGAAGAAUGAGAAGCAGAAUGAGGAAAAUGGGAAAGAGGAAAAGUCUAAUUCUGUAUUGGACGGUGGUGAUUUACCAAAUGAUCACAAGAGUGAAAAAGACAAAGUUUCGGCUAGAGAAGAGAAGGAACUACCGAUUUCUCAUGAUGACAGAUGCACUGAACAGUCAAAUAAAUCAGAUAACCCUGAUCUUCCAAAAGAUCUAGAGAUUGGAGAUGUAAAAGAAUCAGAUGAUUUAACACCCAAAGCAGAUAUUCGUACGAGUUCUGGAAAGGAGCCGGGUGGUCAAACUCGUGAGGAAACACUCAUUUCUUUGAAUGAAUCGGAUAACCCAGACAUUCCUAAAGACAUGGCGGCAAAAUCUGCAAAGGAAUCAGAUGACUCGACACCCAAAGAAGAGAUUCCUUCAGGUUCUGCAAAGGAGCCAGGUGAUGGAGCUUCGGAAGAAGGGGCUUCUCAAUCUACAGAGGCAGCAAAGGAUGCUGUUGUGUUUCCUGAUUCUGUUCCCUCAAAAAAGAAACAGACUGAGCAGCUGAUCAAGACAAAUUCAACUACUGAAAAUGAAAGAAACACAGGUGAGGAAGAAACAAAAGACUGUAAUAAUGAGAAACAAGACACUAAAAAGACCAAAGAUUACCACAACAUUGAUAAGAUGAAGCGUGCUGCUGUUACUGCAAUCUCUGCUGCAGCAGUGAAAGCAAAGCUUCUUGCGGACCAGGAAGAAGAUCAAAUUCGACAGCUUGCGACAUUGUUGAUUGACAAACAGUUACACAAGUUGGAAACUAAAUUAGCUUUCUUUACUGAGAUGGAAAGUGUGGUAAUGAGGGUUAGGGAGCAAAUGGAAAGGUCAAAGCAGAGGCUUUACCAAGAGCGAGCACAGAUAAUUGCAACCCGGCUUGGCUUACCAGCUUCAUCAUCUGGUAGACCCAUGCAACAACAAUCAUUACCUAUCAAUAGAGUUGCGAUGGGUUAUGCAAAUUCAGCAACAAAGCCACCGAUGAGCAUGACCUCUCAAAGGCCACCAGCUUCGAGAUCUAUGAUGACAUUGGCUCCUCCUACUUCAAAAGCAUUUGUAUCUACUACAGCAGCAGGAAAUCUUGUUAAGCCUACCAACCAGGACAAAUUUUCUUCGGUAGUAACAAAGUAAAACCGUAACUCAUCGUGCAGAUACAACUUCAUUCAUGCUUACUGGUUUAUCUCAACCAAUUUUUACCAGAGUGAGUAUAUCGUUAUUUAUGUAGUUGUAAAUUGCCACCAUCUUGAUGUGUUGUUUGGGAAACUUGAAAUUCAGCCUGUAGAAUUUGGUCCAAAAUUGCUUGAAAUGUAAUUUUUGAACAUAGAGCUGAGGACUAGGCAUUGAAAAUUUUCUGAACAUGCCGGUUUGCUAUGUAGGAAUUUAAAGGUUUUUAUAUUAGUCUAGAUUUUUUUUGUUUUUAUUUUUGAAGUUGAUUUCUUAGUGACGAUUUUGAACUGAGUUGAUAAAACCGUGAGAAAAUUGGAUGUUAUUGCACCA